AUGCCUACUCCUAUGUUUCAAUAUAAACGUGGAGUGAUUCGAUCAAUUGGUCAUGUCGGUAGAAUAGUACUCUCGCCCACCAAACAUAUCUUCAAGCAAAUAACUGAACGAAAGCCAAUGGUUGUAUUACAAGCUGAAAUCGAUACACAGAUAGAAUUCAGGCGCACGUUAAAUUGGUUUCAUUUACUUGCAAUUGGUGUGGGCACUAUGAUUGGUGCUGGUAUAUUUGUAUUAAGUGGAACGGCUGCUUCAAACUAUGCUGGCCCUUCAGUGAUAGUUUCAUUUGUUUUAACUGGUGUUAUUGCUUUUUUGUCGGCUCUAUCACUUUCAGAAUUAGGAACAAUGAUGCCACUUUCUGGAUCCGCUUACACCUAUACUUAUGCAGGUUCAUUUAGUAAAUAUGGAGUAACAGGAAUGCUACAAGCGUCUACUCAUAUUUUCUUUGCUUAUGUGGGUUUUGACUCAGUUGCGACAGUAGCUCAGGAAGUCAAAUCACCAGAGAGAUCGCUACCGAUUGCACUUAUAGGAUCAACUAUUAUUUCACUAUUAUUAUAUGUGGGAAUAUGUACUGUAAUGGUUGGACUUGUCUCAUACGAACAAUUAAAUUCAGAUAGUCCACUUACUGUAGCAUUACAAGCUACACCCUAUGGUCUUUGGUUACGAAUUGUUAUGACUUUAGGUGGAAUUGCUAGUCUAACAACUGUAGGAAUGACGGCGAUGCUUUCGCAGACGCGAAUAUUUUAUGCGAUGGCUCAUGAUGGUUUAUUACCACCAUUGUUUUGUAAACUUCAUCCGACGAGGGUUACUCCGUGGAUCUCGACAUUGAUUAGCGGCAUUUUUUGUGCUGUUGUCUCGGGCUUUUUCCCAGUGGAUAUUCUUGGCGAGACAUCCGCAAUCGGUGCCCUAAUCAUGUAUAUUUUUGUGCAUGUUUCAGUCAUAGUAAUGCGUUUUACACAUAAAGAUAUGCCUCGAGGAUUUGAAGUGCCCUGUGGAAGAUGGCUGAUUCCAACCAUCGGCUCUCUACUUUGUAUGCUUCUUAUGAAAGGUGUAUCAAGAGCAACAGCCUUUCGGUUUCUUGCAUGGACAAUUUUAGGUCAAAUCUUUUAUUUUUCCUAUGGUUAUUGGCAUUCGAAACGACGACGCCUAAGAAAAAAUGAAGAAAGUAACAGUAUGGUAGUGUUGAUGUCCAAUUCAGAAAACAAUAUCGAUGUUUAUUCUCCGAAUGAGUUGUGA